UCAUAAACCAUCAACCUUGUCCUUUUGGUCUCGGCUUUUCGCGCUCCCCGAAGUGGACCUUUUCCCUUUCACUGUAUGUAUGAACCCAACACGCGACUCUCUCUUUCUCUUCAGCUGUUGUAUGCUUCAGAUAUCUAAAUUAUUCAGAUGGAACGGCAGCUUUCUCUGCUAGAACGGUACCGUCGAGAUCGUCGGCAGCUCAUAGAGUUCCUACUCUCAUCAGGUUUGAUCAAGGAGCUCCGUACGUCUUCCGGUUCCGCCACUUCUCUCUCCAACAUCGAUUUCGACUCUCUUAGUGCCGAUUACAUCCUCCACUGCGUUAAAUCAGGUGGAGUGGUUAAUGUUUCUGAAGCGACUAAGAAGUACGUCGACGAAUCGGCUUAUCCAGUUUUGAUUAAUUCCCAACUAGGGGAUUCGUAUUUUCUUAUUUCUGAUCCAGAUUCGGCUGGAUCUCCUCCUCGACGUGUGCCGCCUCCAAUUAGUGUCAAACGAGGUGGAAACUCUGUGUCGCGCUUAUCUAGUCUGAAGGAUCCAACAAUUGCUGAGAAUGUUGCAACACCUAGGAAUGACUAUGGUCUUAAUAAAGCAACUCCGGCUGCUCCUAUGAUGCCUACAGUUGUUUCUGGAAUUCCUCCAUUAGGUUUGCCCAGUCUGAAGACAGGAUUGUCGGAUGACGAUUUGCGGGAGUCAGCUUAUGAAUUAUUGGUUGCAUCUAUGUUAUUUUCCUGGGUUGAAGUUAAUCCAGUUGAGGAUAGGAAGAAGGAAAAGAGUUCCAAAUUUUUGUCAGGGUUGAAGAGUAAAAAGGAUAAAUUACAUUUACAAUCUCAAUCUUCAGAGAAACAUUCAAAGCUCUUCGAUAUUGUACGGGUGCAGAUGCAGAUUUCAGAAGCAAUGGGUGCGUGCACUAAGAGAAAUUUGAUUCAGUUGGCUGCAAGGAGAUCAUGUGGACAAGUUGAUCUUCCCCAAAUCUCAUUGGGGCUUUUGCUUGGCACUUUCAAGUCUGAUUUUCUUAAUGAAAAGUCCUAUAUGCAAUGGAAAAGUAGACAGGCUAAUAUUUUAGAAGAGCUUCUUUAUUUUUCUGCUAAUGUUGCAAAAACUGAACAUCUAACCAUUAGAAGUUGCCUUGAAAAGAUAAGAGAUACAAAGGAAUGGGACUUAAAAAUGUCUGCUUCUGAACGUGUUGAGGUUCUAUCAUCUGUUCGACAGUUGGCGUUAAAGAUAUCAUCUCUACCUGGAAAAUUUGGUCUCCAGAGUGAAACCUACUAUUGGACUGCUGACUAUCAUUUGAACAUUAGACUUUAUGAAAAAUUACUUUUUGGCAUGUUUGACAUUCUUGAUGAAUGCCAGUUCAUAGAGGAAUUUGACACUUUGCAGUCACUUAUCAAUAUGACCUGGUCAACUUUGGGGAUCACUCAGAAAAUGCACUAUGCUUUAUUUGGGUGGGUUCUUUUUCAGCAGUUUGUAGCUACUGGUGAGGGGAUGCUAGUGGAACAUGCUGUUAUUCAGUUGCAGAAAGUUUCAACUGCAGAAGAAUAUGAUAAGGAAGGACAAUAUAUGAAUAGUCUUGUAUGUUCAAGGCAAUGCAAUGACAGAGAAGUUAAAUUAAGUCUGGUGCAGGCUAUUUUUCUCUCGAUAAGUAUUUGGUGUGACAAUAAACUGCAGGACUACCACCUGCAUUUUAAUCAGCAACCUGCUAACUUCAAGAGGGUGAUUUCCUUGGCAUCAGCAGUUGGAUUACUUACUUCUGGCAAUUGUUCUGGAGCUAAGUUGGCAAAAUUGAAUGCUUCAAAUGAUAAGGCUGCUAGAAAACUUAAAAGAUAUGUCAAGAAGUCUAUUGAAGCCGCUUGCACGCAGGUUGCAAAUACCAUAGAUCUUGAAUCGAAAGUAGAAAAGACUCAUCCUUUAGCUUUGCUUGCAAAUGAACUUAAAUUAAUUGCGGAGAGACAGUUCAUAGUGUUUUGGCCGGUAUUAUGCCAUUUAUGCUCUGAAGCAUUGAUGAUCUCAGCCAUGCUAUUGCACCAGUUUUAUGGGGAAAGACUGAAACCAUUCCUCAAUGGAGUGUCAUCUCUGUCCGAAGAUGUUAAAUUGGUGCUGCCUGCAGCUGAUGUGUUGGAUCAUUACCUAACUCAGCUAUAUACUUUUGCUUUUGAAGAAAAUAGGUCCCAUCACCCUAUCAGGAAAGAAUUGGACCAUUAUCAGAUUGGGGAAGUUUGCAAACCAAUCAUUCUUGAUUGGGUGAUUACUCAGCAUGCUCAUGUACUGGAAUGGACUGGACGUGCAUUUGAUCUUGAGGAUUGGGAACCUUUGUCCUUUCAGCAAAGACAAGCAGCAUCAGUAAUUGAAGUAUUUAGGAUUAUAGAGGAGACUGUGGAUCAAUUCUUUGGCUUGAACCUCCCUUUGGAUGUUACACAUUUACAAGCUCUGCUAUCCAUAAUUUUCCACAGCUUGGAUGCCUAUUUGCAGAGAUUGCUGAGCCAGUUAGUUGAAAAAAGUCAUCUGUAUCCAUCAGCUCCUCCUUUGACUCGUUACAAGGAUGCAGUUCUUCCUAUAGUUAAGAAAAAGCUGCUGGAGUUUACAUUUCUGGAUGAAAGUGUGAGUAUGAAGUUAAAAGGAUUGACAACACCGAAACUCUGUAUCAGGUUGAACACUCUUCAAUAUAUUCAAAAACAAAUCGGCAUAUUAGAAGAUGGCAUUAGAAAAUCUUGGGGGCUUGUCAGACCACCUAUUGAUCAAUUAUGGGCCAAAGAAGAGCUUCCUGAAACUUCGGAGAGAGAUUUUCUAGCAUGCAGUGAAGCAGUGGAUGAACUGUUUUCAACCACCUUAAACUGCAUCAGAGAUACUGCAAAGGUCGCUAUCAGCAUGAUUUGUGAUUUUAUUGGAGCAAGAGUUGUUUUUUGGGAUCUGAGAGACUCGUUUCUGUUUCCUUUAUAUCGGAGUAAUGUGGAAAAUGCUCGAUUGGACAGUAUUCUCCCCCAUGUUGAUACUGUCCUUGACCAAAUUUGUGGUUUGAUUGACGACUCUCUAAGGGACCUUGUCGUUUUGAGCAUCUGCCGAGCAUCAUUGGAAGGCUAUGUUUGGAUAUUGUUGGAUGGAGGUCCUUCUCGUGCAUUUUCAGAUUCAGAUAUCAUGAUGAUGGAAGAGGACUUUAAUGUAUUGAAGGACUUCUUUGUAGCUAGUGGAGAAGGCCUACCCCGUUCAGUAGUUGAGCAAGAAGCAAAAUUUGCUGAAGAAAUACUUAGCUUAUUUUCCGUUCAGAGUGAAACUCUCAUCCGGAUGUUGAUGAAUGCAAGUGAGCACAUUUCGCUGGAGUUAGAUCCGCCAAAACAUGGUCAUAGGAACUUGGAAGAUGCCAAUACUUUAGUGCGAGUCUUAUGCCACAAGAAAGAUAGAGUGGCCUCCAAGUUCUUGAAAAGGCAAUAUCAGCUUCCCAAAUCUUCAGAGUAUGAUGAUAUUCCAUCAGACAAUCCGACUUUGAUAUCCCCCAUGGUAUUUGAUCUUCUUAAGCGAAGCAGCUCAUUGCAGUGGACCAAUAACGGCUCAAGUAGUUUCAGAUCAAUUAAGAGUAGACUUCAAAAAGCAACAUCUGAUAUCAGGAAUGUAGCCUGGUAACAGCAAUUGUUUGUGAAGAUAUCUUGAUUUUUUCCCACUGCAUCCAAACGGCCCUUUUUUGUCUGUCUUUUUUUCAGAUCGAAUUCAUAAUCAUGACGGGUCAAUUGAGUUAUUGAGGAACAUUCUUAUCACGUUUUGGCCUUAUAGUUCAUGAAAGGCUGUCGUCUAACCC